AUGCACAGAAAAUCUUCACUUCCUGUUACCAAGAUGGCUGAAUUGUCAGCAAAUAAAUUGCCAAGGGACAGAAAAGCCAAUGUCACCUCCAUUGAGGCAAACUUGGUCAGUUCUCGAGUGACAAACGAGUUGGAGUUGUUAAAAGGGGGAUUUUCAACUGAAGUGACAAACCAGAAGAAAAAUGAGGUCUGGAAACUCAUAACAGAGGAGGUCAAUGCUUUGGAUGUCUGCUUCAGGACUGAAGCAGAAGUUAGAAAUAAAUAUCGCAAUAUGUGCCGUGGUGCAAAGGAAAAAUUCACUAACUCCAGAAAGGAAAUGAGCAAGACUGGAGGUGGACCACCACCCACACAGUUGAGCAUUGCUGAGGAAAACAUUGUAAAUGCAAUGAGGGAUAGUGCCUCAUUCAGUGGAGUUGAUGGCAUUGAGACAGAUAUAACUUGUAAUGAAGCAAAUCUUGCCACAAAUGGAAGCCAGUCUCCGUGCACAGCUACCCCCAGGCCUACAGCAGAAGAAUCUGUCUGGAUAAGAGCUUUAGACAGACACCACUCAAACUUGCAGAACAAUCAGCAGACCUGCCCAGUAGCUGAUGAUGCUGAAGGGACUGAUAGAAAUGCCACAUGUCCAGGUCCAAGUAGUUCAGCAUCUUCCAAGUUCAUGCAGCCAACACCCAAGAAGAAGAAAACAGCUGAAGAUGUUUAUGCAUUACAAUGUGCAGUUCUUGAAAAAGAACUAGAGAAGAAUAUACUUCAAAUAGAUCUCUUGAAGAAAUUGCAUGGCAAAUAG